GUGUACGUGGUUUGUCUACUCGAACGGACGAUUGACACAAAACUGCGGCCUUACAUGGACACAAUACAAUCGAUGGAAUAUUCAGCAGCAGUCCUCCAGCAGUUCGCUGCUCCAUUUUUUUGAAAUUGUUCUUGCCCGAUGCUCGUCAUUGAGCUGACAUGAUCGCCUGCAGUGUCGAAAAUUGUCGACACAGAUUUAACUGGACUUCGUCGGACACUAAUUUCGAGCUGUGGAGGUUCAGGCGGGUUUAGGGUACUUGGACAGUCGAGGAGUAUCGAUACACGAGCAAGCAAAGUUUGUAGUGAAUUCUGGGUACAUAAUCUAUUCACGUCUCCCAUAGGAUCUGUGAAAAGAGCGAAUCAAUUCAAAGCAGAAAGAAAACGAAAAUCUCUGAAUGGGGGGUGAAAACAUGGCUGAGGAGGAGGAGAGCAAAGGGGGAGGCAUGGGCAGCAGCAGUGUCCAGAUAACUCCCCUGUCUGGUGCACAUUCGGAGUCCCCACUGUGCUAUCUACUGGAAGUUGACGGGUUCCGUUUCCUCCUGGAUUGUGGAUGGACCGACGCAUUCGAUGUGGCUCAACUUCAGCCACUUGCAAGUGUGGCCUCCACAAUCGAUGCAGUGCUGUUGUCUUAUCCCGACACAAUGCACUUGGGAGCAUUGCCAUAUGCAGUAGGCAACCUUGGGCUCACUGCAACUGUAUAUUGCACACUACCAGUGCAUCGGAUGGGGCAGAUGUAUAUGUACGAUCAUUACCUCUCUCGCCGGGCUGUAUCGAAUUUUGAUCUGUUCAAUCUUGAUGACGUGGACACAGCUUUUGGGAAUUCUGUGCAACUUAAGUACUCUCAACAUCAUCUCCUACAAGGCAAAGGUGAAGGAAUUACCAUAACUCCCUACGCAGCGGGGCGUCUGUUGGGUGGAACUGUUUGGAAAAUAACUGUAGACACUGAAGAUAUCAUCUACGCUGUAGAUUUCAACCAUCGAAAGGAAAGGCAUCUGAACGGAACAGUUCUACAAUCCUUUGUCCGACCUGCAGUUCUUAUCACUGAUUCAUAUAAUGCGCUGAAUAAUCAACCAUUACAAAAGCAAAGAGAUGCCGAAUUCCUCGAUGUAGUUAUGAAGGCACUACGGGCAGGUGGCAAUGUACUGCUUCCCGUUGAGACUGCAGGGCGCGUUCUUGAACUAGUACUAUAUCUCGAUAAGUGUUGGGCAGGUGAUAAGCUGAAUUACCCAAUGGCUCUAUUGACAAAUGUGUCAUACAGUACACUGGAGUUUGCAAAGAGCUUGCUCGAGUGGAUGAGUGAUGCCAUUGCGAAGUCCUUUGAGCACACCAGAGACAACUCAUUUGUUCUCAAGUAUCUCAAGUUAUGUCACACAAGGAAAGAUCUAGAUGACCUACCCGCGGGUCCCAAGGUCGUUUUUGCUUCUAUGGCUAGCUUGGAAGCAGGUUUCGCUCGAGAGCUUUUUGUAGAAUGGGCAACAGAUCCAAACAACCUUGUGCUUUUCACCGAGAGGGGCCAGGUAGGCACUCUGUCUCGGAAACUUCAAGCAGAGCCUCCUCCCAAGGUAGUGAAGGUAACUUUGAGCAAGAAAGUUCCUCUCACUGGUGAGGAACUAAAGGCGCAUGAGGAGCAAAACCGGUCGAAGCAGGAAGCUUUGAAGGCGAGUGUCCCAGUGGAGGAGACCGGAUCCCAGUUGAGUGGUGGGUCAGGACCAGCACCUGCCGUCACCGUCGAGCCUGUCAAGGCCAGUGAAGGAACCAACAAGUUCACGUCAGGUGCAUCACAGCGGGAUGUUCUCAUCGAGGGCUUUACCAUGCCACCUAAUUCUGUUGCACCCAUGUUUCCCUUUCAUGAAAGGGCCAGUGAUUGGGAUGAAUAUGGAGAAAUAAUAAAUCCUGAUGAUUAUAUAUCCAAAGUCGAAGAUAUGAUGGACUACACAUUAACGCAACAGGGACCUACAGCAGAAGGUGAAGAAAAAGCAGAUGGAGAGAAUGAGGACCUCAUAUUAAACGAAAAGCCCUCUAAAGUUGUGCUUGAGGACAUCACGGUACAAGUUAGAUGCUCACUCCACUACAUGGAUUAUGAAGGAAGAUCAGAUGGGAAGUCUAUAAAAAAUAUCCUGGCUCAUGUUGCCCCUUUGAAGUUGGUUUUGGUUCAUGGAUCGGCCGAGGCUACUGAACACCUAAGACAGCAUUGUCAGAAGAACUUUUGCCAGUUUGUUUACGCCCCUAGACUUUCUGAGACGGUGGAUAUAACCUCUGACUUAUCUGCGUACAAGGUGAGGCUGACCGAGCAACUUAUGAGCAACGUGCUUUUCAGAAAGCUCGGGGAUUAUGAGCUUGCUUGGGUCGAUGGAGAGGUAGGAGCCGAGGAAGAUGACAUGCUACCACUUCUUCCUGCCGCCACCCCACCCCCUCACAAGGCCGUGUACGUCGGUGACCUGUGGCUUGCUGACUUCAAGCAGUUACUGGCAACAAAGGGUGUACAGGCAGAGUUUGCGGGAGGCCUCUUGCGUUGUGGAGAGAAUAUUGCAGUUCGUAAAAGCGGUGGACAGCAACUAGUGAUAGAAGGCCCAUUAUCGGAGGACUAUUACAGAAUUCGGGAACUGCUAUAUUCUCAGUUUUACAUGCUCUAGAUCUCAAAGUUCAACACAUUUUUGUAGAAUAGAUGAGCAAUUAAUCGGUAGCUUCAACUUGUAAAUCCUUGUGGCUACCAUUUGUACGAUAAUGAGCUUAAAGAAGUGCCAAAUUAUGCAGAUCAUUUUCACACGCUUCUGGACAAGCCCGU